GGAAGGGGGCGGGGCUCCCGCCAUGUCGCAGCGCGCCGCCGACCGCGAUCGCGAUAGGGAGCGCGAGCUGCAGUGGUCGGCCCGCAGGAUGGGCACCUCGCUGCUGCUGCAGCUGUCGGCGCACGAGCGGGAGCUGGACCUGGUGUGCCUCGACCACAGCUACGCCAAGCCCUGGAGCGCGCACCCCGACGCCAGCGCCGCCCGGCCCGCCCGGCUGCUCUUCCUCACCCCCCGGAGACACCUCGGCAGCGCCCCGGAGGCCGAUGUCCCCAUCGACGUGGAGACGGUGACGCCCACGCCGGUGCCGCUGUACGACAACCAGAAGGCCCGGAGCGUGAUGAACGAGUGCGAGCGGCACGUGAUGUUCGCCCGCACCGACGCCGACGCGCCCCCGCCGCCCGACGACUGGGAGGAGCACGUCAACAGGACGGGCUGGAGCAUGGCCCAGAACAAGCUGUUCAACAAGAUCCACAAAGCGCUGCAGUCCGACAGGCUGGCCCGCCUGGCCAACGAGGGGGCUUGCAACGAGCCCGUGCUGAGGAGGAUCGCGGUGGAUAAAUGUGCCCGCAGGGUGCGCCAGGCUCUGGCCAGCGUGAACUGGGACACCAAACUCAUCCAGUGGCUUCACACGACGCUGGUGGAGACCCUGAGCCUGCCCGUGCUGGCUGCCUACCUGGAUGCCCUGCAGACCCUGAAAGGAAAGAUCCCUGCACUGAUUGACAGGAUGCUGCUCUCCUCCACGGCCAAGACGGGAGCAGCAGGGGCUGAGGCGCUGUCCCUGCUGCUCAAGAGACCCUGGGACCCAGCAGUGGGUGUCCUGUCCCAUAAUAAACCAAGCAAACUGCCCGGAUCCCCCCUGAUCCUCAUCGCUUCCUCCGGCCCCACCAACUCCAUGUUCCCCACGUCCCGACGGCACCGCUUCUGGCAGUCCCAGCUCUCCUGCCUGGGAAAGGUGAUCCCCAUCGCCACGUCCCUGCUGAACAAUGGCAGCGGGGUGGGGGUGCUGCAGUGCCUGGAGCACAUGAUCGGCGCUGUCAGAGGCAAGGUGGCCGAGAUCCACAACCACUUCUCUCACAAGCAGAUCAUCCUGAUUGGGUGGAACACGGGUGCCUUGGUGGCCUGUCACGUUUCUGUGAUGGAAUAUGUCACUGCUGUCGUGUGCCUUGGCUUCCCUCUGCUCACUGUGGAUGGCCCCAGAGGGGAUGUGGAUGACCCCCUCCUGGAGAUGAAGACGCCGGUGCUCUUCGUCAUCGGGCAGAACUCGCUGCAGUGCAACGUGGAGGCCAUGGAGGAUUUCCGGGAGAAGAUCCGGGCCGAUAACAGCAUGGUGGUGGUGGGAGGAGCAGAUGACAACCUCAGGAUAAGCAAAGCCAAAAAGAAGUCAGAAGGCCUGACCCAGAGCAUGGUGGACAGGUGCAUCCAGGAUGAGAUUGCAGACUUCCUGACAGGAGUGCUGACCCGGGCCGAGAGCCACUCGGGCUCCGAGCCCCGCGACCUGGACGCCGAGAGGAAGAAGAAGCCCCGUGACUGCAGCAGGAGGGACCUGUCCUUCGAGCUGCCCGAGAGGAGCAGCAGACCCGCCUCCCCUGCAGCCAAAGUGCCAGCCUCGCCCUCAGGCUCCGAGGACCUGUCCAGCGUGUCCAGCAGCCCCACAUCCAGCCCCAAGACCAAGGUGGCCGCCCUGGCCCUGCCCAAGCCCAGCCAGGUGGGCCCCACACAGCUGCAGAGGAGGCAGGUGCCCAGGCCAGAUGUUGUCCUGAGCCACAAGCAAGCACAAGCUCAGUUUGCUGCUUUUCUGAAACAAAACAUGCUGGUGAGGAAAGCUCUUCCUCCUGGCACCUCUUCAUGUCUCUUUGUUCCAGUGUCCUCAGAGCACUCGGAGGGGGCUGACAGAGAUGAUGUGCGAGUGCAGCUGAAGAGGCAGCAGAGCCCCAGCCCGACCCCCUGCGGCAAAGCCUCCAAACGAGCCAAAAUCAAGGUGACCAUUGUGUCGCACGGCGAUGGCGCGGGCGGAGCAGCCCUCGGCACCCAGGCGGAAAUUGUCUCCGGGAAGGCGCUGCCCCUGGGCCCGGCCCUGCCCAGCACCAAGGAGCUCUCAGGGCUGCUCUCCACGCCCAAGCCGAGCUCAGGCGCAGAGGCCUCGCCGAGCCCCGCUCAGCCCUCGAUCCCCAGCAGCUCCGCCCCCAGCGCCUUCCACGCCCUGCAGAGCCGGCUGGUGGCCAGCAGCAGCCACGGGCUGCCAGCCCCCCCCCCCCCCCCCCCCCCCCGCAGCCACGGGCUGCCAGCCCAGCCGGCCCCUGCCCUGCCAGGAGCAGCCUCUGCCAGCAGCCUGCUCCAGGGGCUGAGCUUCAGCCUGCAGGACAUUGGCACCAAGCCCUGCAGCCUCCCUGGCAGCACUGCUGCCCCACCUGUGCAGAGCUCGGCCGGGAAGGCGCCUGCAGCCCUGCAGGGGCUGGCUGCCAUCAGCACCGACACCGGCGCCGUGCUCCGCACCAUCCCCGUGGCCACCUCGCUGGCCCUGGGAGCCUCGGCCAGCAGCAAGCCCACGGCCAUCCACCAGCUGCUGGCCAACGGGGGGCUGGCCAAGCUGGCCAGCAGCCUGCCUGGGCUGGCCCAGAUCUCCAACCAGGCUGCAGGCCUGAAGGCCCCGACCACCAUCACAGUGACACUGCGGGGACAGCCCGGCCGUGUGGGCACCCUGAGCCAGCCCAGCCUGGCCACAGUGCAGCCCCAGCUGGAGGAGCAGCCCCAGGGCCCUCAGCUGAGGGCUCUGCUGGACCUGUGCAGGAAGCUGGGCUUUAAAUUUGGGGCUGAGCUGAGCUUUCCUUCCCUUCCCCCGUGGGCAGCACAGGAGGAAUCUCCCCGGGAUUCCUGUGGGAGCAGGGUGAGGAGGAGCUGAGAAUCAGAGUAAAACUGGGUUUGUUUUUUCCCAAUCCAGGGGGGUGUCCCCUGCAGUGUGGGGACCCCUCUGUGUCCUGGGGAGGCUCUGACAGCCAGGCCUGGAGCAGGGGCUGAGUUUGGCUGAGGAUGGUGUGGGGAGAGCUCAGUCCAGCCCUUGGAGGCAGGAAUUGCUUUCCCCUCCUGAACUCUCCCCCUCUCCCCUCCCAGGGACACAGCCUGUCCAGUCAGGGCAGGUCUGAGCUGUGGGGGCCUGGCCUUGCUGGGAAAGGUCACAGCAUCCUGGAAAAGCCCAUCCAUGGGGCAGGGACACCUUCCCCUGUCCCAGGUGCUCCAAGCCCUGCCCAGCCUGGCCUUGGGCACUGCCAGGGAGCCUCGAGGGCUGGGCAGGAAGGAACUGUGGGGGCAGAAACUCGGGCACUGCAGGAAGAGAGGGACUUCCUGGGGGAUCUGGGUGGGGAAAUGCUUCCCUGGGGGAUCUGGCUGGGGAGACACUUCUCUGGGGAUCUGGGUAGGCUUGGAAUGGAGCUGUGCCAGUUUGGCUGCUGGAUCCUGGGGGAUCUGAGCAGGGAAAUGGUUCCCAGGGGCUCUGGGUGCUCUGGCAGUGGAGCUGUGCCAGUUUGGGUGCUGGAUCCUGGGGCUC